UUAGCAUUCUUUCCGAUUUGCCGACCUUUUCUUUUCUCUACUCAACUGUGUGAGUGGCUAUGCACGAGUAGUGACCAUUUUUGGAAGAAAAAGACACUCACCAGCUCUCUCCCUUGUAUCCAGCUUCCAAGUAUCCCGCCGGUGGUGACCAUUUUUGCAAGAAAAAGACUCCUUCUUUCGGUGAAGCAAGGUUGGGGGGGGGGGGGUUUCAACUGACCCAGUCUUAAUUUCAUUGAUCUCUGAGUUUUGGUAGUGGAAGGAUAACAAGAAAGCAAAAAUGGAUGUCGAUUCACAGCCAACUAUGGAGGAAACUAUUCUGGUUGGUGAUGAUCUAAUGAUGGGGCCACCGUCACCCCUCAUUCCACCAGAAAUUGCCUCCCAUGUGCUUGAAGGAGUUGAUUUAUGUGAUGGGAUUUUGCGGAAUCUAUUUUUGUGCUUGCAAAUCAAUGAUAUUGAGCCUUUCUGUCAAGAUGAGAUUGCCGUGUAUCGACAAUGCGCUGAAAAAAGGGAUAAGGAACUAAGACAACGACUUCAAGAUAGUGAGCACAAGUUGGGGUUAUCAAUGCCUUUAGAUGAAGCAAAGGAAAGAGCUGCUCAGCUUGAAUCAGAAGUUACAUCAUUGGAGAGGCGCUUGAUUCUUGCUAGUGGAAUUGAAGGCAUGGAAGGAUUUCGCCAGAGAUGGAGCUUGCAUGGUCGCCUCACAGAUACCAAGAGAAGGCUGGAGUCUUUGAAACAGGGAAUGGAGAAUAAAAUUAAAGAUGAGCCUGUUGGAGGUUCAACUGCUAAAAGAUGGUCUUUUUGGUGAAGAUUCAAGAGGCAUAUCUUUCACAUGAUUCUGGGUGGACUUACUCUGCAGCCUUGAACAACAGUAUACACAAGCUCUUAGUAAGUUGAAUGUGUUUAGAGUAAGAGUUCUGUUUUUUUAUUUUUUGUCAUAAUAAGCUAUCUUUUCAAAGCUAUUGAAUUCCUUUUAUAUCAUUCAAGUCAGUCAUGUACUCUUGCUUUAUUGCUAAUUAAUGUAUGUGAAAAGAGUUUGUCCUCAAAAGGCACGAUGGAAAUGUGAAUAGCCAACGUAGAUUAACAAUUUUUUGCUGAAGACAAUGGAGAUUUCAAUUAUUUCUUCC